AUGUUAUCGGCGUUCACGAAUAAGAGACCAAACUUUCAUUCACUGCCACACGAUUUGAAAAAGUGGUCGUUUCUAGCUUUGAUCACAUGCUCAUUCAUUGUCAUUACUUUCUACACGCAUCGAAAUGGCACACACCCGAGAACAGGAGCAAAGGAAGUCCUGGAAAAUUGUAAUUGCGUCGACGCGAAUGGUAAUAGCUAUGACUUUUGUUAUCACCUACCCGAAAAUAGGAGUAUUCAUGGGCGAAGAUUUUCCUGCCAAUAUUUACCAGUAAUCAAAAAACUUGGUUUAUUAGAUGCAUACAGAUUAACUCUGACAUGGAAACCAUCGCCUCCGGUAUUUGUUACCGCAUUCUCAGACAACCAUCAAGAUGAAGCUCUAGCUCUUGUCAGAAGUGUUGCACAGUACUUCAGCAACCAACGCAUGAUAGUAUAUGAUUUAGGAGAUGUUGAUCUUAAUCUGUUUAAGGAAUGGAAAUUUCUCGAGUUUCGUAGAUUUAAGUUCGAAGACUAUCCCGUAUACAAAACCCUUCUUGAGUUUGGCGCUAUCUGGUACAUGGAUAGCUCCGUUGUUUUCAAAAAAGGUGACCUCACUCACGUCUAUGAGCUUGUGAAAUGUAGAGAAAUUGUCAAAGAAAGGACACCUCUGUUAUCGUCGGAAGAAAGGGACGAGCGCGAAAACCGAACUGUGCUUGAAAGCGGCUGGGAAAAUUCGCAGUAUCGAGAAAAUCUUGCUGAAUGUAGAAAGUCCGCAUGUUUGCUGCAUGGGUACGCAGGGCAUGGCAUUUAUCCUGCCACUUCACCAAUAAUCUACGAUUUCAUUCCAACAAACAAGAAGGAAAUUAAGAAAUCGAAAGCGAAGAUGUAUGACGCCGCUUUGAUUUUUGUCGCUCGAACAAGAGAUGCAAUUGAACAGAUAUUGAAAUGGCUUGUUCUCUGCGCGCUCGAAGAAAGCUGCAUGGCAGGCACCGGUAGUGGGUCCCUUCCCUGCUAUUUCGGAAACCCUUUCUCUGAUGAACCAAUAUGCCAUAGGUUAGUGUUAGGUACAUAUAAUUUGACCUCACAGCCUUUUGAAGAGUUUGGUGGAUCCAUUGCUUUAAUUUAA